UCAUUCACCGGAGCCUCGAUCUUUAACGUACGAGUAGGUCGCGCCGCUUCGGAUAUGGACGAGUAGCGACGGCUGUUCUCGUUUUUGGCACUGAAGGAUGGGAGCAGUGAGCGGUCACUGGAGGAGAUGUCAUUCGGUCGACUCCUGCGACGUGCAUCCUCCAAAGCCUCUGACUUUUUGACGUUUAACGUGGGCACAGGGGGUUCCCGGAGCGUGCUGGAUGGAGAGAUCAUCUUCUCCAAGAACAAUGUGUGUGUGCAUCCUGCCGAACCCCUGCCUGGACUGCCUGAACAUCACCCAGGUUAUCUGUGCGUGCACCUGGAGAAAGACGAGACCCUUGGCUCCACACUUAUCCUCACCUGGGUGCCUAACUCUCGCAUCCAGCGGCAAGACGAGGAGGCCCUACGCUACAUCACGCCUGAAAGCUCGCCCGUCCGCAGAAAUCCCCGCCGCCGAGCCCACCGGAGCCACUCUCGCCCGCCAGCCGCCCCUGAGGAGGAAGAGGCUGCUGAUGAAGAGGGCCAGGAGCCGCAGAACCAGGCGCUGCUGGAAGAAGGAGACGAAGGCUCAUGUGAGCUCUCUGCAGAUGAGGUGAGCCGGGACAGCACCAUUGGCUCCGAUUCGGACACCUUCUCUUCACCGUUCUGCCUAUCGCCGGUCAGCGAGGCUCUGGGCGAAAGCAGCAGCUCCGUCUUCCUGGACAAUGAGAGCAGGGAAUGCGAUGAACCAAUGGCUCACUCUGCAAGCUCUGCCUCCAGCCUGGACAGCCACGCCCCUUCAGAAAGCAGUCAUUCACAGGGAGUCCGCUGGGAGGAGCAGCAGAAUGUCAUGGCAUUAGAGCACCUGUGUGGCGUGUUCAGAGUUGACCUGGGUCACAUGAGGUCACUCCGGCUCUUUUUCAGUGAUGAGGCCUGCACCUGUGGGCAGCUGGUCAUCGCCAGCAGAGAGAGCCAGUACAAGAUCCUUCACUUCCACCACGCAGGCCUGGAUAAACUGGCUGAGGUGUUUCAGCAGUGGAAAUGCUGCAGGGAGACUCAGCUCAAAGACCAGGUGUCAGAUGAGAAGUCCUGUAUGCAGUUUUCCAUCCGUCGACCCACACUACCGUCUGCCGAGAUGCACCCCGAGGAGCGUCUGUACCGCCGGCUGGACGUCAGCUCUUGGCUCCGGCAUCUGAACAACAGCGGCCAGGUGCUGGAGGAGUACAAGCUUAGAAAGGCAAUCUUCUUCGGAGGCAUCGAUCCGUCCAUCCGUGGUGAAGUCUGGCCGUUUCUCCUUCACUACUACAGCUAUGAUUCCACAUCUGAGGAGCGCGAGGCCUGGAGACUGCAGAAACGCGGGGAGUACCAGGACAUCCAGCAGAGGAGGUUGUCCAUGAGUCCAGAAGAGCACAGUGAGUUCUGGAGGAAGGUCCAGUUCACGGUGGAUAAAGAUGUUGUCAGGACGGACCGAAGCAACAUGUUUUUUAGAGGAGAAAACAACCCCAAUGUAGAAAUCAUGAGGCGUAUCCUGUUGAACUAUGCGGUGUUUAACCCAGACAUGGGCUACUGUCAGGGCAUGUCCGACCUGGUGGCUCCUCUGCUGACUGAGAUCCAGGACGAGAGCGACACGUUCUGGUGUUUCGUGGGUCUGAUGGAGAACACCAUCUUCAUCAGCUCUCCGAGAGACGAGGAUAUGGAGAGACAGCUGAUGUACCUGCGGGAGCUCCUGCGGCUCAUGCUGCCCCGGUUUCACCAGCAUCUGACCCGGCUGGGUGAGGAUGGCCUUCAGCUGCUGUUCUGCCACCGCUGGGUCUUGCUGUGCUUCAAACGAGAGUUUCCGGACGCUGAAGCUCUGCGCAUGUGGGAAGCCUGCUGGGCACACUAUCAGACGGACUACUUUCACCUGUUCCUGUGCGUUGCCAUCAUUGUGCUGUACGGCGAUGAUGUCACAGAGCAGCAGCUUGCCACAGAUCAAAUGCUGCUGCACUUCAGUAACCUCUCCAUGCACAUGAAUGGAGAGCUGGUGCUGAGGAAGGCACGUAGUCUUCUGUAUCAAUUCCGCCUUCUUCCCAGAAUCCCCUGCAGCUUACAUGACCUGUGUAAACUCUGCGGACCUGGAAUGUGGGACAGCCGCUACAUCCCUGCCAUAGAAUGUUCCGGGGAGCAUCCAGACUCUCAGAGCUGCCCCUAUGGAGGCACUGCCACCCCCGAAAGCCCGCCCUUACCCAGCCCCAACCAGCCCAUCGAGGGCAAGCGGGGCUCCAAGAAACGGGACAUUUUCACCUUCCGCAAGCACUCCUGACUCGAGCACCGGUUCCCAUGAGGCUUAGCGUCUGAGCAGAGCGCUGGAAUUUCAGGUCUCCAUUGUGCUGUAUGUAUGAAACACUGCCUUGCGCACAAAUGCAUUCUGGGGUACCGAUGUUUCAUCAACUACAAUCAUCCAACAAUCAGGAGCCAGUCUUCACUUGUCUUUUAUGAAGUCACAUCUAGCAGACCGACACCUCAGAAUAUUUUGGCUUAUUUUUUUAACAUAUAUAUCUACUAUGUAUGCAUGUGUUGAUGUUUGUGUGUGUGUGGUUUAGUUACCACAGUCAGAGGAUGUUGUUUUUUUUUUUUUUUCUGUUUGAGUUGGUUCCUAUUCUGUGCAAUCCUCAAGUAUGAAGCAAACCGUCUGCCAAAAUGAAGUGGGAUGUUAUUAUCGGUAGAUAAUCUGAUAUCACGAUUGUUUUAUGAUCAUCUAUGCCUUUCAUAUUCUCACAAUAAAUAUGAUGAUGAUGAUAUAGAUGUACUGCAAAA